GUCCCUCCGUCUUCCUGUUCCAAACCACGUGGACGCGUCGGGGGCCGUGGGGCUGCGGGAGGCAACUAGGGCCGCCACCGCCGUUGUAUCCCCCGCCGCUCGGGUUGCACCCUCCGCGCCCGUCUGAAGUCGCAGCUCCAGGACUGCCCGCGCCUCUGCAGAGGGCGCGCACAUGGCGACCCAGGCGCACUGCCUCAGCUACGUGGGGUGCAACUUCUUGCGCCAGCGUCUGGUCCUGUCUACCCUGAGCGGGCGCCCAGUCAAAAUCCGAAAGAUUCGGGCUAGAGACGACAACCCGGGCCUCCGAGAUUUUGAAGCCAGCUUCAUAAGGCUAUUGGACAAAAUAACUAAUGGUUCUCGAAUUGAAAUAAACCAAACAGGAACAACUUUAUAUUACCAGCCUGGCCUCCUAUAUGGUGGAUUCGUGGAACAUGACUGUAGUGUCCUUCGCAGCAUUGGCUAUUACCUAGAGAGUCUUCUUUGCCUGGCUCCGUUUAUGAAGCACCCAUUAAAAAUAGUUCUGCGAGGAGUAACCAACGACCAGGUUGAUCCUUCAGUUGAUGUUCUUAAGGCAACAGCACUCCCUCUAUUGAAACAGUUUGGGAUUGAUGGUGAAGCGUUUGAGCUAAAGAUUGUGCGACGGGGAAUGCCUCCUGGAGGAGGCGGCGAAGUGGUUUUCUCGUGUCCUGUACGGAAGGUCCUGAAGCCCAUUCAGCUCACAGAUCCAGGAAAAAUCAAACGUAUCAGAGGAAUGGCGUACUCCGUGCGCGUGUCACCUCAGAUGGCGAACCGGAUUGUGGAUUCUGCAAGGAGCAUCCUAAACAAGUUCAUACCCGAUAUCUAUAUUUACACAGACCACAUGAAGGGCGUCAACUCCGGAAAGUCUCCGGGCUUUGGGUUGUCACUGGUUGCUGAGACCACCAAUGGCACCUUCCUCAGUGCUGAACUGGCCUCCAACCCCCAGGGCCAGGGAACAGCAGUACUUCCAGAGGACCUCGGCAGGAGCUGUGCCAAGCUGCUGCUUGAGGAAAUCUACAGGGGUGGCUGUGUGGACUCAACCAACCAAAGCCUGGCACUAUUGCUCAUGACCCUUGGACAGCAGGAUGUUUCCAAAGUCCUGCUAGGACCACUCUCUCCCUACACGUUUGCUUGAGCAGGAGACAUCUGUAAACGCAGCACUGUAGGUGGGGAGGCCUACAGAGUGGGCGCUUCUUCAUUGACUUUGCUGAUUUGACCAUUCCAGAAGGCUUUGCCCCGGUAAGUUUGCACCUUUGACCUCACUCUGCCUUUGGGGACCCUUGAGCCAAGCCCAACACCAAAAUGUGGUCAGUACUCAACAAGCAAGAACCAGGGAAAAUUGGAGGGAAUUUCUUACUGGACAGUCUGGGGAUUUCCAUUCUAACAUUUGUAUUGUCUUUAAUUCUCUGUUAUUCAAAUGCAUUUUAUAUUUGGCCGCCACAAAGAACUCUGUCCAGGGGAUUUCUGCUUUUGCAACUGUAGGAAAGAAAUUGGAUUAGAAAAGAUUAAAGUGAUACUUGCUCAAGGUCACACAGCUAGUUAGAAGAGAGCACAUUUCCUGGUUCCUAAUCCCAUGCUCUUUUGAUAAAAACUUGGUGCUUCACAUGACUUAAAAUAUAAGAUUUGCUCUAAUAAGCUUGAAGAUUAGCUUUUUCUUCUUGAGUCAGAGAAAAAUAAUAAAUUUAUAUUUGCAGCAUUUCCAUUGGUUUGAGAUAGCAUUUCGGAAAGUAUGUUGUUCAUUGA